UUUGGCGACUCCUAUUAGCCCUAGUAAGUAGAGUCAAGUGUCAGACAAAACCGCAAAAAGUGGGAAGACUGAUUGCGAAAUCGAAAACGACGAGAGGGAAAAAUCACUUCUCACGAUCGGGCGCGAAAAAAACGGGGAGGAGGAAGACGAGACUCUCUAAUGGCGACGACGGCGAUGAAGAAGCCGAAAAUUGAACAAGGGGAAGCAGAAGCAGAAGCAAAUUCGUUCGCAACUCGAAUCCCAGAUGAUAGAGAAGCUCUAUUAGAGUUCAUGGACCAGCGUGCCAAGUCAAUCCAACGCCUUAGAGAACAGAUUUCUAACCUCGAGAGAAAGCUUGUUCAAGAGAGAAAACUGAUGGCAGAUGCGGAGGCCAAGUUCUUACUAGUUGAUCGUGUUGAAAACGGUACCUUCUCUAAGACAAAAUCAAAGGUGCCUAGUAAAACUGGAGGCUUGCUUGGUAUACCAGAGUUCUGGACCGAGGGAAAUAAAGCGAAGGCUCCCAAUGAAACCUCUCCUCCACAUACACGUAGUGGGACGGGAUAUGAAACCUCCUCUACUCCACAUUCACGUAGUGAAGUGGAUUCCUUGAAAAUGCCAUCCAUUAUAUUACCGCCUUCUUUCAAGCGAAGAGCUCCUGCCUCUGUCAGACCAGAAGUGAGUGAGACCACCCAAGCUCAACCCAUGGCUACAAGGGAUUCCAACAUCCCAACGGGAGGAAAAAGUGGUCCUGAACCCAAGAGAUCUCGUACUGUACCUAAUGAAGCGGUUAGGGAAACCCAAGGCCGAGAUAACCAAACUGAAGCUCGAGUUCGAGAUAAUAAGGAUCUUGGAAAGCCGAGGAUCAGAGCCUCUUCUAACGUUUCUGUACAAACGCAACAGGAAAAAUGCGAUUUCCAAGGACAUGAUGAGCUGAUAGCGCUUAUAGGUAGAAGCUCUUUGCGUGCCACCAUUAAUAGCCGUACUGUAGCUAUGCUACCAAGUGGCCACACGAAAAGAAUGAGAAGUCUUGCUCUGUCUCCUUCAAACCGUGACCUAUUUGCUACAAGUGCAUUGGAUGGUGUGGUUCAUUUUUGGAAGCUUCAGUCUGAUAGGUCCACAGCUACUCUGUUUAAGAAGGUUAAUCGUGUAGCAAUAGAUCAGAUGAAAUGGGCAGAAGAUAUAGCUUGGCAUCCACACAAGAGUGCACUUUUCUCUGUAUAUACUGCAGAUGAUGGUCACCCUCAGAUAUCAGUCUUAAAUCUGAACGAAGCUCGAGAGAGUUGUGAGUCAAAAUUUCUCAAGGAGAGGCCUCACAGCAAAGGUCUUAUCAACAGAAUCAUGUUUACGCCUUGGGAUGAUCCUUGUUUCAUCACAGGUGGGUGUGACCACGCAGUAGUGUUAUGGCGUGAACAAUGUAAGAACAAUGAGUGGAAAUCAACGCUUCUGCAUAAGGAUUUUCACUCCUCCUCUGUGAUGGGAGUUGCUGGAAUGCGCCAUAACAACCUCGUCCUGUCAUGUGGAGACGAUAAGAGAUUUGUUGGGUUUGAUGCCCAAGAAGAAAAACUCACAUUUAGGCAUAAACUAGACAACAGAUGCACAAGUUUGCUGCCAAACCCGCGUGAUGUGAAUCUUGUCAUGGUUCACACAAGGCAGCUCGACCGGCAACUGAGGCUGUAUGAUGUUAGAUUGCCUCAGACGGAACUGUUUUCUUUUGGGUGGAAGCAAGAAAGCAGCGAAUCGCAGUCGGCUCUGAUCAACCAGUCCUGGUCUCCAGAUGGUUUACACAUCUCAUCUGGCUCUGCAGACCCUGUGAUCCACAUUUUUGACAUCCGAUACAAUGCACCGAGCCCGUCACUGUCGAUCAAGGCUCAUAAGAAAAGGGUGUUCAAAGCUGAGUGGCACUCUUCUCUUCAGCUACUCGUCUCCAUCUCAUCAGAUUUAGAAAUUGGGAUUCACAAGCUGUGGUGAAAACUGAUAAAAGCCUAAAGCACCUGAAUCUUGAGGACAUUUGAAGGCCAGUUAGUUGUAGUAGUAUUAACUUCUGAAAUGACAGAACUUUAGAACCUGGAGAGAUCCUCAGUUCCCUAAUCCUUCUUCCAUCAUUAGCAUGAUGAGUACAGCAUUCAAAUUAGUUCAAGGUCCCAAAAUUAUAUUUCCAAACCACAUUCGCGCCAAGAAUUGGUUGCAUAAAGAUUCAAUGUCUUCAAAUUCAAGAUUGUCUUUGUGUGGAUUCAUUGUUUUGACUUUUGAUUCAUGCAACCAUGUGAUCCUCAAUUUUUUGUUUUUAUCUUAAACUCAUUAUCUACAAAACUUACUUACAUGAGAGACCAAUAAAUAAAAUGCUUAACCACAAUCCUCCGUCUCCGUCCGUUCUCUCCCGGUUCAGUUCGUCCAUGGCUUCCCCCGAGGAGAUGGAUGAUACAUCAGAGAUUUCAUCCCCGCGAAAGAACACUUACAAGGAUCCCGACGGUGGAAGGCAACGAUUCUUACUGGAACUUGAAUUCAUUCAGUACCCACACUGCCUAUAUUUCCUCGAACUUCUUCAAAACCCCAACUUCAGGACUGCUAUGGCCCAUCCUGCAAACAAGGAAUUGGCACAUAGACAACAGUUUUACUAUUGGAAGAACUACAGAAACAAUAGGCUGAAGCACAUUCUACCUCGGCCUCUUCCAGAGCCUGUAGCUCCACAACCACCAGCUGCACCUUCAUCUACUCUGCCACCUGCGCCAUCUGCAACUGCUGCUCUCUCGCCGGCACUUUCUCCAAUGCAGUACAAUAAUAUGCUUGCUAAGAAUGAAACGAGGAAUAUGACUUCUGCUGGAAUCGACCGUAGGAAGAGAAAUCCUUGCCCUGAAGCAGACACCAUGGUCCCGGAUAUGCUUUCCUGCGUUUACUAG